AUGACUACUGAAUUUAAUGCACUUAUUAAAAAUAAUACAUGGACUGUAGUACCUAGAUCUCCCAACUUUUAUGCCAUAGGUUGUAAAUGGGUGUUUAAACUAAAGCAUAAGCCAGAUGGAACUAUUGAUAUACAUAAAGGUAGGCUAGUAGCAAAGGGGUCUAGCCAACAAGGAGCCUUUGAUUUUUCUGAAACUUUUAGUCUAGUUGUGAAAAUUACAUCAAUUCAUAUUUUAGUAUCUCCUACUAUCAAUCUUAAUUGGUGCAUUCAUCAACUUGAUGUUUUAAAUGCAUUUUUGCAUGGAGACAUGUCAGAACUUAUUUACAUGGAACAAUCACCCAGUUUUAAUCAUCCAUCUUUUCCUAAUCAUGUAUGUAAAUUAUAA